AUGUUUGAUGUCAUCACAAAGUGGUGCAGUUUCAGGGCAUUCCAGCAUCAAGAGCAACGUCUUCUUGAGGAGAGAGAAGCGGGUCUGGAGGUCUGCGGUGACACGUAUGAGGUGGUGGAGUCGUUCUACUACCUGGGUGACAUGCUGGGUGCUGAGGGAGGAGCAGCAGUGACAUCACGCGUGAGGAGUGGGUGGAAGAAGUUCAGGGAGCUGGCCCCAUUUUUGACAUCCAAGGCGCCGCCCCUGAAGAUGAAGGGCCAGGUUUACACCGCCUGUGUCCGAAGCAGUAUGGUGUACGGCUGCGAGACAUGGCCCACAAGGGUGGGGCACAUCCAGCAGAUGGAACGAGCAGAGAUGAGAAUGAUCAGGUGGAUGUGUGGGGUGUCUCUGGCUGACAGGCUGUCAAGCGAGGAGUUGAGGAGGAGAGUGGGAGUGGAGGGGAUUGGCAUCGUAUUGAGGAGGCACAGGCUGAGGUGGUUUGGUCAUGUGGAGAGAAAGGAGGAUGUCAACUGGGUCAAGAGGUGUACCAACGUAAUUGUGGGUGGGCCCACACCCGUCGGCCGACCGCGCAAGACUUGGCAGAGCUCCGUGUCAGAUGACAUGCGACUGCUUGGAGUCAAUGCGAGGGACGCGACGGACAGGGCCAAGUGGAGGAGAGCCAUAGGGAGAAAGCAGGCCAACCCAGAACAGACUGGACAACGGCCUUAA